UACGUUAAUCAUCCCUGAGAGCAAAUAAGGGCUGAAAUCACUAAGUGCCGAUAACUAAAGACUCAUUGUGAAAGCUGUGUGCUACAAUGGAAGUGUAACUGAUUACAUUACGUCACUUUAGUUCACCCGAAAGCGGUAAUUCAGUCAUUAUCUACUCGCCACCGUACCCAUGGAAAGUCAGGGGAAGUUCCUUAAGUAGAUGGGGACGUGUUUUAAUGUUUAAUGGAAUUUAAUGAAAUUUCACCCAACUUUCCAUUGACACUGUACCGACUGGAUACAAUUUUAGUUCUGGGGUGAACUUAUCUUAUAUAAUAAAAUGUUUGGAGGAAGCUGAUGUCACCCAAACCUUUAAAGGCUCACUGAGAGGUCAUUGGGAUAAUGCGGUUUGUUACAUCACAAAGUCAGAUUUAUGAAUGAAACAUUAAUUUAAUCUCUCAGAUGCCCAUGACACAGUUCACGUGCAGUCUUUGAUGAAAAAAAAAACUCCCCUGACAAGGUUGUUUCUGCAGCAGCUGACCUGCUGGCUGUGCAGAUGUUGUCACGAGGACUAAAACUACCUCAGACUUUUGACACGCUUCAUCCAUUUUGUUUGCUUUCAAACCGGAGCCUCAUCAAAUUCCCACCGCGCUACAUGCCAGUCUAAACAACAAAGACAUUAUUAUGUUUCAUGCACAGAUAUGUGUGUCAUCAUAACAUAGGUAAUUCUCAUGAAAACAGCAGGCCUUCUUUCCAGUUAGCUAUGAGGUUUAUUCCACAGUUAGAUGAAAAAUGGGACGUUUUUUAACAGAUAUGGUCAACCUCAAUUAGCAUGAAUUGCACUCAGUAGAGCGCAAACCUCCGCCAAGGCCAAUAGUCCCCUUUAUCAGCGUCAAGUUGUACAGCCAGAUACCAGCCACCUAAAUACGGCUGGUUUUUUUUUUCAUCAAGAUCCAUGUUUUAUGCAUGUCACAUAUCUCGCAAUGUUAAAGCAAGUCAGACAGAAGAUCUUGGAUCUGUCCCUUUAUCCAGAUCUGCACCAUAAGUUAAUGGAGUCUGAUCUGGGCUGAGACCUGUCCUCCAUCCAAGUUUCAUGGAAAUCCAUUCAGUAAUUUUGGUGUAAUCCAGGUGACAAACCAACUUCCUUGGCAGAAUAAAGAUAACUAUUUAGGAAAUCACUUUAAAGGAUAAAGUUCAAUACAUUAAGCAUUUGAGAUACUAUAUAUUAACACUGUUUAUGCAAAUCUUGCAAAUUAAUUUACCCUAUCUUAAAAAGCAUUUCUCCAAACAUAAAGAUCAGCGCAUUAAAUGUCAGCAUAUUUUUCCUUCAUGUUUCGACAUGCAUGCAUGUGCAAUUCGUGUGUGACUCCGGAGGAACAAUUUUGAAGGGUUUAUUUAUUAAAAAGUGCGAGACCAGUCUGACCUGUCUGGCUUCCCUUCUGCACAGCAGCACUGAUGAGAGCACCUCCCUCCCUCUCAGGUCUUCAGGUGACAGUGAAUCAGGGAAAGGCACACCCACAUUUAUACCUCCAGAUUUCUGACAAAACCACAACCUCUCUUCUCAACUCCACAUCAGCACAGCAGUUUGACAGUCGCAUGUUUCUCACACAUACACACACAUUUCUCACAGGAAAAGAGGGAAACAAACAGCCACCAAAAUGCCAGCCAGCUUUUGCGGUACAUGGGAAAUGAUCAGCAAUGUCAACUUUGAAGGCUACAUGAUCACGCUGGGUGUCAGCCCUCCCUUACGAAAGAUCGCCCUGAAGCUGAAGCUGAAGAAGGUGAUCGAGCAGCAGGGGGACCAGUACAUCAUCAAAACUCUCAGCACCUUCCGAAACUACACCAUCUCCUUCAGAGUGGGUCAGGAAUUCAAGGAGUUUACCCAGGGACUGGACAACAGACACCUCAAGUCACUGGUGACAUGGGAGGGGAACAACCUGGUGUGUGAACAGAAGGGAGAGAAGAAGAACAGAGGCUGGGUUCACUGGAUCGAAGAAGACAAACUACACCUGGAGCUUCACUGUGAAGGAGAAAUCUGCAAACAGGUUUUUAAGAAGAAGUCAAACGAGUGAAGAGGAAUGACAAUUGUUUUUUCUGGAGAAGUUACUCAGUGAAUAAAGACAUCAUGUGCUAGAUCGAGCACUCUAAACCCUGAUGAAUGAAACCACACUACAUUGCGAUGGCAUUUUCCCUGUCAGGGUUUGGACUGACACCACUAGAUGGCAUUAGUGCAUAACUUUUGUCAGAUACUGGUCUACACUGUUUUGGGGAGCUUGAUGGUGCUUGGCCUCAGACAAAAUCUAGCCCUUUUUUUGGCUCCUUUCAGCUGGCUGAAAAAAACAUUUGUCAGCGGUUUGGUGAAGACUUUUUGUUUCCUACAGAUCUCUAAUGUUUGCUUGGACAAAUUUGAGCUAAUGUGUUUUUUUCUUUUGUACUGCUUGUGCUGUCCAUCCGACAUUUGGAUAUUUGUUACAAUAACAAAAAUGCCUCAUUCAUGUAGAUACAUUUAUACAUCCGGACAACAGAAAGUAAGGUGUAGGAUGCUUUGGAAUUCAGUUUAAU